AUGGACCUCACGGGCAAGCACAUGCCGGACUUUCACGUCAAGACUUUCGGCGCCGACGGCGCGAUCGCGCGUCUUCCGCUGCGCGACUGGGCGACGCGCGCGUACGCGUCGCGCGAGGUGCGGUUCGUGGCCGUGUGCGUCGAGGGCGGCGGGCGGGCCGAGCGCGUCGGUCGCGAGUUCCAGCGCUCGUACUUCGACGGCACGAGCGUCGUCAACGGGUUCGUAGACGACGACGACGACUUCCCACGGUUCCCGUGCCAGCUCGGGUGCCAAGGUCUCGUCGUCGUCGACGCGCGCGGACGAUUCGCGACGCUGCGCUCGCCGGCGUACCUCGAGCACCGCGAGGCGGCGUACGACGCGGUGGAGCGGAUGCUCGAGCCGCUGAUCGCCGCGGCGGAGACGCGGAGGCGCGCCGCGAAGGCGCCGCGUCUCGACGUGGACGUGGACAUGGACCCCCCGGGGACGCCAGAGCGAAACCUCGCGCCGGGGGAGGCGUCGUCCGCGUCCGACGCGUCCGCGUCCGCGUCCGCGACGGACGCGACGCGAGCGUCGCCGUCGUCGCCCGACGCGACGUCGACGGCGCCGCCGAGACAGGUGGCGCGGUUUUCGAAGCACGCGUGCAAAGGCGACGCGCACGCGUUGGACGACGACGACGACGACGCGACCGCCUCUUUCGAGAUUCCAGCGGUCGGCGUCGACGUCGUCGACGACGAGCACGACGAGCUGCACGCGCUGUUGAAGACCGCGCUCGCGACGCGCUCGCCGCGGGACGUGCUCUCGCUCGGGAGCGCGUUCGCGACGCACGCGACGCACGAGGAGGCGCUGAUGCGAGCGUCGGGCUUCGCGGACGGCGAGGGUGCGUUUUCCGCGGCGGCGUCGCACGCGAAGGACCACGACCGGCUCGUCGCGUCGGCGACGACCGCGGCGACGACGCUGGAGGAGGACGGGAAGGUCGCGGCGGCCGCGAUUCGACAUCUCGGCAGGUCGAUCAUCGAGCACGCGGUGACGUUCGACGCGUCGUACGCGGCGUUCGUCGCGGAGAAGCGACGGCGCGAGGAGACGGCGAGAACGGGCUGA